UCUUCUUCAUUAUUUGUGACUUUUUCUCAAAUUCUGUAACGAGGAUGUGAGAUGAGGAUGAGACCCCAAAAAUUCAACUGGUUCCAUGGAUACAUAUUUUCAGAGAAUACGAGCAAGAAGAUAGUUGAAGAUUCAUCAUCAACCAUAUGGGUUUUCAUCAACCUAAUGAUCGUUGGUGUUGUCUGUGCUCAAACAUGUUUGGAAACUGGUUACUUCAGACCAGAGAGCCUUUACGGUAUUAACCAUCGACUCAUCCUCACCUCUCUUCCCACUACAGUCUCAUCUCAAGACGGCUUCUACGCGUCCUCUGUUGGUCAAGAUCCGGAGAAAUCUUAUGCUCUAGGGAUGUGCAUCCCUGGCUCUGACUCCAACCUCUGUUCUGUUUGCGUCAAGGCUGCGUCAGAUGGGUUGUUACAGAGCUGUCGUAAUCACACAGAAGCUUUUUGGUGGCGUGGCGAUAACGAAACGCUCUGUUUCGUCCGCUACUCCAACCGUUCCUUUGUUGGAUCUUUGGAUUUGGAGCCGUCGUUAGUUGUGAACAACUCGAGAGAAUUCAAGGGUUUGAAUUUGACUAAACUCGUUGACCAUAUGAUAGGAACAGCAACUUCUGAUUCGUAUGCGGCUGAUUCAAAAGCUUUGGGGAAUUCCCAAGUUGUGUAUGCAUUGAUGCAGUGUACUUCGGACAUAUCUUCAGAUGAUUGUAAGACCUGUCUUCUUCGAAGCUUAAGCGAGUACCAGUCAUGUUGCCUUGGGAAGCAAGGAGGUGUUGUCUCUCGGCCCAACUGUUACUUCCGGUGGGAUCUUUAUCCGUUCUCUGGAGCUUUUGGUAGAAACACUCUGUUUCCUCCGUCUUCAUCUCCACCGGUUAAUAAGACAGAUACAGCUAAAACAACGAAUUCGACUGGGAAAGUUGCGGUUAUUGUCACUGUAUCGUUUGUCUUUGUUGUCCUGGUUCUGCUACUUCUUUGGUUUUGUUUUUGGAGGAGGGGAAAGUUACAUAGAGGAACUGAACAUGGAACUUCAAGCUCACUUCGAUUUGACUUUAAGACGAUUGAAGCUGCUACAAAUAAGUUUUCCGAGAGUAACAAGAUUGGUCGAGGUGGAUUUGGUGAAGUUUACAAGGGCAUGUUUCCAGACGGAACAGAACUGGCUGUGAAGAGGUUGUCUAAAACAUCAGGACAAGGCGAUGAAGAGUUUAAGAACGAGGCUGUUCUUGUAGCCAAGCUUCAGCACCGGAAUCUUGUUAGGCUCCUAGGAUUUUGCGUGGAAGGAGAAGAGAAAUUACUCAUUUACGAGUUUGUGCCCAACAAAAGUCUUGAUUACUUCUUGUUUGAUCCAACAAAGCAACAUCAGUUGGAUUGGGAUAAAAGAUUCAAAAUUAUUGGAGGGAUUUGUCGAGGGAUUCUUUAUCUUCAUCAAGAUUCACGUCUCACCAUUAUACAUCGAGACCUCAAAGCCAGUAAUGUUCUCUUGGAUUCUGAUAUGAACCCGAAAAUUGCAGAUUUUGGCAUGGCAAGGAUCUUCCGAAUAGAUCAAACUCAAGCCAACACGAGACGGAUCGUUGGGACAUAUGGUUACAUGCCUCCAGAGUAUGCAAUGCGUGGACAUUUCUCCGUGAAAUCCGACGUAUAUAGCUUUGGAGUCUUAGUCCUUGAGAUAAUAAGUGGAAAGAGGAAUAGCAGCUUCAGUAGGAGUGAAGGUGGCAUUGACAAUUUGGUCACAUAUGCUUGGACACUUUGGAGAAAUGAUUCAGCACUAGAACUAGUGGAUGAGUCAUUGGAAGCUAAUUAUCCGAGGCAUCAAGCCAUUAGAUGCAUACAUAUUGGUCUGUUAUGUGUUCAAGAAGACCCUGCACACCGUCCCAAUUUGUCAACAAUCAUCCUUAUGCUUGAUAGUAACACAAUGUGUUUACCGGUGCCUCGACAGCCAGGAUUUUUCUUACGCAGCAAUCCUACUAAUCGAAAUCAAGAAUCUAUCGGUGAAGGAUCAAGCAACUCUUGUUCUGUGGAUAAUGCAACCAUUACUGAUAUAUAUCCUCGUUGAUCAACGUUCACAAAUUAGCUCUCUUCUUCCAUUUUUUUUUUUUUUAAACAUUUUUCAACUCAAGAUGCAGAUCCGAUCUUGCCACUUAACCCAAGCACGAUUCCUAUUGAAGGGGAUUCAAUGUUAUCUUAUUAAUCACACUAAAGAUAAGUUGUCCUCAUUAGUCUAGUAGUUGACUAAAGGCUAAUUACUUUUUCUACAUUAGGUAUUAGGUUCUGUCCUCAGAUAAUACGAAUUAUUGCAAAUUCUUGGAGACU